AUGAAGGAGCUUGAGGAUCUCAAGGCAGCAAACGACAAGGCACAGCCCGCCGUGCCAAAACUUGGCAGCCGUGUUGCUCGUGGAUUGGCGAUCUUCGAGGGCGCUGCACUUGGUGCACAGGGUUCUGUGCAGGGCAUGAAGGAUGAGACUGUCGAUGAACCCAGUGUGCUCAAGAAGCAGCUGGCUUCAGCCCAAGCUGCCUUGCAGGAAGCCAAUGAACGUGCCAAGUGUGCUAUUGAUGAAAGGGCUGCACUUGUCCGGGAGAAAGAUGAAGUGGAGGUAGCCCUCAAGGAGGUGUCAGCAAAGAACGCUAAGCUGCAGGAGGAUGCCCACAUGUUGCUUGUGAAGAUGGAGCGCCAGUACUCCGGUGACCAGGCGCCUGACCUCUCCCAGGAGAUCGACCACAUCAUGCAAAACCUGGUGGAGUCGAAAAUGGAAUUGGCUGAACUGAAGGAGCAGUGCAUCGUGCUGAGGAACGACCUGUACAAGUCCAGGGAGAGCAGCAUGAGGAUGGCGGCCAAGAUGACUAAGAUGGAGACAAUGUUGUACGCCAAGGAGAACCCACUGUCUGCCAAGUCGCAGAGUUGGGAUAUGGGGCGGGCGGGCUCAAUUGCGGUCGCCCAAAACCAGGCAGGGCACCUGACGACACAGAGCACCGAGCUCCCCUGA